UCGACUGUUGGUAGUUGCCGUCGAGUCGAUUCUGACUCGUGGUGACCUUGUGGGUGCAGAGUAGAACUGCUCCAUAGGGUUUCAGGGCUGUGACCUUUCAGAAGCAGAUCGUCAGGCCUGUCCCCUGAGGAGCCUCUGGGUGGGUUUGAACCACCAACCUGUUAGCUAGCAGUCAAAUACUUCUUGUACCACCCGGGGACUCCCAGAACUCUACUAGUGAACAAAAUGUACAAAGUGUCUGUUCUUAUGAAACUUAUAUUUUAAUUGAGAAAGAUACAGAAUAACAGAUGCAUAUACACUGUGUCAGUCAGAAAAAGAUGCUAGUUUUAGACAUAUCUUGCUAACUAACAAACUACCCCCAAAAUUUACUGGCUUAAAAUAACUAUUUUUUGUUUCUCACAGCUCUUUGGUUUGCAAGAGUUCAUCUGGAUGGUCACCUUUGGUCUUGCUUGAGUCCUCUCACUGACAGCUGGGCCUGGGACACCCAGUAUGGCUCUCUUAAAGCUGUUGGUUGGUCCUGUUUGUUGUUUGGGUGCUCAUCUGGGGCCUCAAUUCUUUUCCAUGUGUCCCCUCCCUGUGACUUGGGCUUCUCACAGCAUGGUGGCUGGGUCCCAGGAGGGAGUGUUCCACGUGUCCCCUCCCAGUGACUUGGGCUUCUCACAGCAUGGCGUCUGGGUCCCAGGAGGGAGUGUUCCACGUGUCCCCUCCCAGUGACUUGGGCUUCUCACAGCAUGGCGGCUGGGUCCCAGGAGGGAGUGUUCCAUGUGUGUGAGAGCAGAAGCUGCAGGUUUCUUUAAGGCUCAGCCUCAGAAUUAUACAGCAUGACUUCCACCACAUUUUACCGGUCAAAAGAGGUCAUGGGAGGUGUCAUGGAUUGAAUUGUAUCCCCCCAAAAUAUGUGUCAAAUUGGUUAGGCCAUCAUUCUCAGUAAUGUAUGAUUGUCCUCCAUUUUGUGAUUGUAAUUUUAUGUUAAGCAGGACUAGGGUGGGUUUGUAACACCCUUACCCGGGUCAAGUCCCCGAUCCAAUGUAAAGGAAGUUUCCCUGGGUUGUGGCCUGCACCACCUUUUAUCUCUCAAGAGAUACAGAGAAAGGGGAAGCAAGCAGAGAGGGAGGGCCUCAUACCAGCCAAGAAAGCAGUGCCUGGAGCAGAGCGUGCACUUUGGACCCAGGGUCCCUACACGGAGAAGCUCCUCGACCAGGGGAAGAUUGAGGACAAAGACCUUCCUCCAGAGCUGACAUAGAGAGAAAGCCUUCCCCUAGAGCUGACACCCUGAAUUUGGACUUUCAGCCUACUUUACUGUGUGACGCUGAGUGCUUCAGAUCUGGUCACUAUGGUACGAGAACGGAAAUGCAUAUUGUGCCACAUUGUGUACAGCUCAAAAAAGGCAUACCUCGACGAUACUGCGGGCUUGGUUCCAGACCACCACAAAAAAGUGAAUAUCGCAAUAAAGAGAUGGACGAACACAUGCGGAGCAUGUUGCAUCACAGGGAACUUGAGAACCUGAAGGGCAGGGACAGUAGUCAUGAGUGCCGAGUGUGCGGGGUCACAGAAGUGGGUCUCUCUGCAUAUGCAAAGCACAUUUCUGGCCAGUUGCACAAAGAUAAUGUAGAUGCCCAGGAAAGAGAAGAUGAUGGAAAAGGAGAAGAAGAGGAAGAAGAUUAUUUUGACAAGGAACUCAUUCAGUUAAUAAAACAAAGGAAAGAACAAAGUCGACAAGAUGAAGCUUCCAGCAGCAGCCAAGAAAUAAACCCUGAUGACAGGCGACCCCAGUGGAGACGAGAAGACCGGUUUCCUUACCAAGACAGAGAGAGCUACAGUCAGCCGCCGUGGCACCAUCGCACACCUUCUCAGCGGGAUUGGAAAUGGGAGAAAGAUGGCUUUAGUAAUACUAGAAAAAACAGCUUUCCACAUUCUUCCAGGAACAGCGGUGGACAGAGAGGAUGUUCCGGGUGGCAUAAGGGUGUCGGAGGAGGCUCCUCAGCUUGGUUUCACAACCACAGUAAUCCUGGAGGCGGUUGGCAUUCAAGUAGUGGUGCAGUGGAUUGGAAUCACAAUGGUACAGGAAGGAAUUCCAGCUGGCAUUCUGAAGGAACAGGUGGCUUUUCCAGUUGGCAUAUGAAUAGCAGUAACGGAAACUGGAAAUCCAGUGUACGUGGUACAAAUAGUUGGAAUUACAAUGGCCCCGGAGACAAAUUUCAACCAGGCAGAAACAGAAAUUCUAAUUGUCAAAUGGAAGACAUGACUUUAGUAUGGAGCAAGAAAUCUAAUAAGUCAAACAAAUACAACCAAGAGAGAUACAAUUGUCAACGGCAAGAAAAUGACAACGUUGGUACAGUUGCCACAUACCCUUCUCCUGAAGGAUUUGCAAAUGAUAAUUUUUCUUCAGAAGGCUUAUUUGACUUUAAUUUUGAGCAGCUAGAGAGCCUACCUACUAAACAAACAGAUACCAUAACCCCCAAAAUUGGUGGGAAGAAUGGCAGCGUAGCAAAGGAAAAGCUCCGUCGCUGGACUCCCUACCCUUCCCAGAAGACUCUGGAUUCACAGUCUGGGUUGAAAGACAUCACUGGUAACAAGUCAGAGAAGACAGAUAAGCCUUUCUUUGAUUUUAACUUGAUAACUACAGGAACACAAGAGGCCCAAACUGAUGAAACAAGGAAUUCCCCAAUGCCAAAAACACAAAAGGAAACACAUACAGAAUCUUUUCAUCACAAAGCCACCUCUGACUGCAUGACUUCCUAUGAGGUGGCAAGAGAUUGUCCCGUUACGGAAAAACUGGAACAAGAGCAAAUCUCAAGUAAGAUGCUGUCGCUGAAAUCUGUACGCCUUCUAAUUCCAGGCACUAAAUCAGUUCCUCAAAAACAAGAUUCAAAGAAUCCCUCAAAAAACAUCAAAUCUAAUUCUUUUUUUCCUGGAGAACAUUCAAGUCCCUUGAACAAACCCAUUUUAGAAGACAAUCAUAGUUCUCCUUACAUACCCAAAUUACGUAGUGUUUUAAAAGGGAAUAAUAAAAGUACAUUUGGCACCCAAAGGGAGCCCAGUGAAAAUGUAAGUGAUACAUUACAGAAAGCCCAAGAGGUGCUACAGUGUCAUGAGUCAGUGCAGAAGACCUCACUUACCACUUCUAAAAAGACCAGAAGCUAUGCAAAAGCAAGUAGAAAUGUCGAAGAGUCUGAGAAAGGAUCGUUGAAGAUUGAGUUUCAAGUACACGCGUUGGAAGAUGAAAGUGAUGGGGAGAUCUCUGACGCUGAAAAGCAUGGAACAAAAACUAGAACCCUGGGUUCUGCAACUACAGAAGUGUUAUCCUGCAGCACUCUUCCUGCUGAUCAGAAGGAGGGGGAUGACCAAAUCCUGAAAACAUCUAGAAAAUUAUCCACUUCUCCAUGUAAUUCCACAGUUCACAAGAAAGAAUCUGAGUUACAAGUGACAUCUGCAGGCAGUCCACACCCUGGCUUGUUGCUGGACCUGAAAACCUCUCUAGAAGAUGCACAGGUGGACGACCCUGUUAAAUCUCACGUGUCUUAUGAAGCAGAAGGCUUCGAGAGUACCAGCUUGGAUGCAGAGCUUCAAAAAAGUGAUGUAGGUCAGCCCUCGGGCCCUCUCUUGCCUGAACUAAGUAAGCUUGGCUUUCCCGCCUCUCUCCAGAGAGAUCUAACCCGGCACAUUAGUUUGAAGAGCAAAAUUGGAGCACACCUUCCUGAGCCAAACCUAAAUAGUGCUCGCCGCAUUCGCAACAUUAGUGGUCACCGAAAGGGUGACACAGAGAAGGAGUCUGGGCUCAAGCCAACGCUUAGGCAGAUUCUCAAUGCAUCUCGGAGAAAUGUCAACUGGGAACAGGUUAUUCAGCAAGUAACCAAGAAAAAGCAAGAACUGGGCAAAGGCUUACCCAGGUUUGGCAUAGAAAUGGUGCCCCUGGUUCAAAAUGAACAGGAGGUCUUGGAUUUGGAUGGGGAGCCUGAUCUGACCAACCUAGAAGGAUUCCAGUGGGAAGGUAUUUCCAUUUCCUCAUCCCCUGGGUUGGCGAGGAAGCGAAGCCUUUCUGAGAGCAGUGUGAUCAUGGACAGGGCUUCUUCUGUGUAUAGCUUCUUCAGUGAGGAAGGCACGGGCAAAGAGAAUGAGCCCCAGCAGAUUGUUCCACCUGGGAACUCACUGAGGGCUACACAGAGUCAGAAAGCGACCAUGGGCUUUAAACAGGAAAUGAUACCUAUGGCUGCGUCUCUGAGAACAGGUGAAAUGGCUGAAAAUGUGGCUACCCGAAGGCGACAUAGUACACAGUUACCCUCUGAUGGUACAAUACCCUUGAUGCAUUCGGCAGGAGACCUGAGCAGCCAGGAGAGUUGUGCACCACCUUCAGAGACUCAGAACACCCGGGAGAGUAACGGAGAAGGAAACUCUAUGUCAUCAAAUGUAUCUUCAGCCCUUGCAAACUACAGUUCGGUGGACGUGGCCACAGACAGUAGCUGCACCUCUGGUGCCGAACAAAAUGAAGGGCAGAGUAUUAGAAAGAAACGAAGAGCUACCGGAGAUGGAUCUUCUCCUGAACUCCCAAGUCUUGAGAGAAAAAAUAAAAGAAGGAAAAUUAAAGGAAAAAAAGAACGUUCUCAGGUUGACCAGCUGCUGAAUAUUUCUUUAAGGGAGGAAGAACUAAGCAAAUCUUUGCAGUGCAUGGAUAGCAACCUUUUGCAAGCUCGUGCAGCACUUCAGACAGCUUAUGUUGAAGUCCAGCGGCUCCUUAUGCUCAAGCAACAGAUAACUAUGGAGAUGAGUGCACUGAGGACCCAGAGAAUACAGAUUCUACAGGGAUUGCAAGAAACGUACGAGCCUUCUGAGCGCCCAGACCAGGUUCCCUGUAGCCUUGCAGGAGAACAGAGGAACAGCAGAGCUCAGACAUCUGCUGAUGCCACACUGCUGCCUGCUCCCUUGUUCCCAGUUUUCCUGGACCCCUCCCAUGUGUCUCCAUCAUCCACGUCUUCCGUUUUCCAAGCCCACGGCAUUGUCCCCGCUCCAGACUCAUCAGUUCAGAUUAAACAAGAGCCCAUGUCUCCUGAACGCGACGAGAAUGUGAAUGUUGUACCACAAGGCCCUGCUGGUAGUGUGUCCAAGGAAUUAUCUCAGACUACUAGAGAGAUCAGUGACAGUUGUCCAGUUUACCCAGUCAUCGCUGCAACGUUGUCCUUAUCAGAGCUAACAGAGGGUUUCCAUGAGGCUAGCCAAGAAUUGAAGCUUCCUGUGGAGCAAGGAAACAUCAGAAACAGAGAAAAUUCUCCUGCUUCCCAAUCAACCGGUCUUCCUGAUAUAAAUAAAGAAGGGGAAGAGCCAGCCAAAGGCAACAGCGGGUCAGAAGCCUGUACCAGUUCUUUUCCAGGAUUGCCCUUUGCUUCAGAAACCCUUUUGGAGCAGGAGCCCCACUCUCCAGCAGACCAGCCUGAGCAACAGGCAGAAUCUACCCUGACCUCAGCUGAAAGUAAGGGAAACAAGAAAAAGAAGAAACUUAGAAAGAAGAAGACUCUCCGGGCUGCCCAUGUUCCUGAGAAUAGUGACACUGAACAGGAUGUAUUUACUGCCAAACCUGUAAGGAAAGUGAAAACUGGAAAGUUAACUAAAGGGGGGAAAGUAACAACCUCCACCUGGGAAGAUGGCAGAACCGGCCAGGAACAAGAGAGCGUCAGAGAUGAGCCAGACAGUGACUCGUCCCUGGAAGUGCUAGAAAUUCCUAAUCCUCAACUAGAAGUAGUAGCCAUUGAUUCUUCUGAAUCUGGAGAAGAGAAACCAGACAGCCCGUCUAAAAAGGAUAUCUGGGACUCCACAGAGCAAAACCUGCUAGAAACUUGUCGUUCUGGUUGCGAUGAAGUUAGCUCUACCAGUGAGAUCGGCACUCGCUAUAAGGAUGGCAUCCCUGUAAGCGUGGCUGAAACUCAGACCGUGAUCUCCUCCAUUAAAGGAUCAAAGAACUCUUCAGAAAUAUCUUCAGAGCCAGGAGACGAUGAUGAGCCCACAGAAGGGAGCUUUGAGGGGCACCAAGCCGCAGUGAACGCGAUCCAGAUAUUUGGAAACUUGCUGUAUACCUGCUCAGCAGAUAAAACUGUCCGAGUUUAUAACCUGGUGAAUCGGAAGUGCAUAGGCAUCUUCGAUGGCCAUACCUCCAAAGUGAACUGCCUCCUGGUUACUCAGACGUCUGGGAAGAAUGCUGCCCUUUACACUGGCUCCAGUGACCACACCGUCCACUGCUAUAACGUUAAGACCCGGGAGUGUGUGGAGCAGCUACAGCUGGAGGACCGGGUUCUCUGCCUCCACAGUCGAUGGCGAAUCCUCUAUGCAGGACUGGCAAAUGGCACUGUGGUCACCUUCAGUAUAAAGAACAACAAACAACUUGACAUCUUUGAAUGCCAUGGCCCUCGGGCCGUCAGCUGUCUUGCCACAGCUCAGGAAGGUGCCCGAAAGCUGCUGGUUGUGGGAUCUUAUGACUGCACCAUCAGUGUGCGUGACGCACGGAACGGACUGCUCCUCAGAACUCUGGAGGGCCACAGCAAAACCAUCCUCUGCAUGAAGGUGGUGAACGACCUCGUAUUCAGUGGCUCCAGCGAUCAGUCAGUCCAUGCCCACAACAUUCACACUGGUGAGCUCGUGCGGAUCUAUAAAGGCCACAAUCACGCAGUGACCGUGGUGAAUAUCCUAGGGAAAGUGAUGGUGACUGCUUGCCUGGAUAAAUUUGUUCGUGUCUAUGAGUUACAGUCCCACGAUCGAUUGCAAGUUUACGGAGGACACAAGGACAUGAUUAUGUGUAUGACCAUCCAUAAAAGUAUGAUCUACACCGGCUGUUACGACGGCAGCAUUCAGGCUGUGAGGCUCAAUCUGAUGCAGAAUUACCGCUGUUGGUGGCAUGGCUGCACGCUGAUAUUUGGUGUCAUAGACCAUUUGAAACAACACUUGCUGACUGACCACACUAACCCGAACUUUCAAACCCUGAAAUGUCGCUGGAAGAACUGUGAUGCUUUUUUCACUGCUAGGAAAGGAUCCAAACAGGAUGCUGCAGGACACAUUGAACGACAUGCUGAAGAUGACAGCAAAAUUGAUUCAUGAAGUUUUCUGCCUCCCAUGUUGGGAAGUCAUUAGUUUGAAUCUUUUCACAUCCGCCCGUCACAUAAGCCUUCCUCUUCCCUUUCUCAGUGAAGCAGGGAAGGAGAAAGCGGCUCCCGUGCCAGGCUUACCAAUAACAUGUCUGGGCAGCUCUGUGGGAUGAUAGGUUACACUUUAAGUUCUUGCUGGAGGUGUGUCAAAUUUAAACCGAUAUUAAGGAAUUAUAGUCCUCUGGGGCAUUUCGGCAUAGUGAUUUAUGCUACUAGUGUUCUCCAGAUGUUUGUUAAAGAUACAGAUCUUAAUUGGUUACCCUCAUCGUAUGCAUACUUUACUGAUUUUCGGUUUGUAAAUUCUAGUUUACGUUCUCAUGAUGGUUUAAACCUGUAGUCAGGCUUUUAAGUCCAGGCUUUUAGUUUGUUCAAAAGCUAGGUUUUCAGAAUCAGUUUUGAUUUCUCCAGUUGUAAUAACUGGAUGUAAAAUUGGAAGCAGUAGUCUCCUUUCUUAGCAAUGAUGUGCAGUGUGUUUCAGUGUUCUCCUGCUUUAUAGAUGCUUUAUAGAUGGACAGAGCGGGCUUUCUCAGUGCUAAAGGAUGCACAGUUAGACCCUAACAGUUAGCAUGGCUGCUCUGCUGACGAUACCUCAGGAUUCACAAAGCAGAUCACAUCAGGAGAGGUCCCCACAGGCAGCACUUCCUAGUGAACCGCUACAAGUUUGGAUAGAGUGCUCCUGCCAGGCAGCGCACAGACCUCGUGUCUAGCUUUACGUUCUGCCGCUGCUCUGGGUGCUUACUGCUGUGGGUACUGUCAGGCUGCUGGGGCUGGAGCCUUCAUCUCUUUUUCCAGUUUCUGACUAUCCAAGCCUAUGGUGGGUUUGAAACCUUCUGGUUUGCUCCAUUUCCAGCCCAUGUCUCCCUACCAUCUAGCUGUCUGGACAGGUGGCAGCCUCAAGUACCUCCUCUGUCCCCAUAGGGUGCCUCCAGUACUCAGGAGUAGGGAGUUAGGAUGAAGCAUCUGCAUACAGUUUUUAGAGCCUUACACAGGCUUCUUAGAGACUUAUUUCUGGAAACCAGUGUCAGCCUUCACCACUCCGCUAGCUGGGAGAGAAGAGUGGAGCAUGGUGAAGGCAAAGCAUCUCCUGUCCGUUGACAGCGGCCACAUUAACAGAGCCUCAGUGGAGCUACUUUCUUUUUGAAGUUCUCUGGACUUGUAUCAGUAAAGCUGUAGAAAUGUGGUUUUCCAACCUUUUGUUAUCGGAUCCUAAAAAACUCAGAACAGGUCCUUCAGAGAGAAACAGCCCCGCGCCGCAUGCCAGGCUUCACGGUGUGAGGCCUGUUGUUUCCUAGAAAUGCAGAGCUUCCAGGCCCAUUGGCGCCUGUCAGUGCACACGGUCCACUCACAUGGCUUCGCUCAGGCUCGGGGGCAGGGGCUCCUCCCUGAAGGCCUCUGGAGCGUCUGCGAACCCCUGAGGUGAUGUGCAGAACUAUAGGUUCUUCUUUCCACGAAAGGUGCCAGUGGUUAUUAUUAGAUCCCAAAACUGGUACCAGCUAAUCUAGGAGCUACUAUGAAAUAAUGAAAGGCCUGGCAGAGGGUUUGCUCCUGUCCUUGUGAGUGGGGAACUGUUUUGUUCACCACAUUGUUGAGAUUUACAUGAUGCUUAGAGGAACAGAGAAGGUUCUGUUCAUAAAGUGUAUUUGUGCUGUUUCUGUAUGAAGUUACAAAACUUCCCAGCUCCCAUCCCUACUUCUUGUAAGGGUGACCAGAGAAACCGAGCUGUUCUGUGAUCUUGGGUGCAGUGAUUUCCCAGGAAAGUACAUUUGAACUUACUGGUAAACCCAGCGUUUUUUGCUGGGCAGUGUGAGCCUUGCUCUGUUGUGUACAUGGCCUUCUGUCCUGACUGCCGAUGUGUGAAAAGAUGAGAGUGGUGCAGCCUUGGUACAACAGGAAGGGAUACAUGAGGUGUCAGGCAGUUGUGGGGGAAUUUUUGAGGGUAUUUUUUUUUUUUUUUUUAUCAGCAGAUUGGUUGGAUCAGUCAGGGCUAUGAUUUAGACUUGAUUCGGGAGACUUGUGUGCACUGUACCUGCCUGUGUGUGAGCAUGUAUGAAUGCUCCUGUGUAUGUGUGUGUGCACGUGCUCACCUAUACUUGUCAUAUUUUUCCUCAUUUCACUAAAGUUUUCUUUGAAGGGGCGGUGGUAACAUCUUUAUUUCAAGAACAUGUGAAAUCCUUUUAACACCAGCUUAGUGUGUUACCCGGAAUGUACCAUUCUAGCCAUUUAGAAAUAAAGGUACCAUAAGCAUCUUGACUGCUUAUGUGUGUGUUAAUACUUUUAAGGGUCUUAAAAGUUAUUCAGAGUGUUGACUAUUUUUAAAGCCUUCCACCAUGUUGUGACUGAGUCUAGCCCUCUGCUUCCCCUCAGAGGAGAGCUGUGGCUCAGGGAUUUGUGUGGACUCUGAAGUUAGUACCUUAGUGAAGGAAGGAAGCUGUUAAAUGGCCUGACAAGAAACCUGCUCGUUUCUUGGAAGUCAUUGGAGCCCAUUUGAGAAUGUUGUUUUGAAUUGCCUUUUCUUACUGCUAAAGGCUGGAAGCCAAGAAGACUCCUGCAUAAAUCUUUUUAUGUCCAUAUGCUCGUGUCUUCAUGGCAGUUUGUUCUGGUAAAACAUCAGUUACUUCAGGUUUUAUGCUGAAGUUUUUAAUCAGGUUCAAAAGUAUAUUUUGACAUACUCCUCUACUUGGUUUAAAGUAAGCAAAUACAAUGAAAGCAAAGAAAUGUCUCCAGCAGACAUUACUUGAGUUUGAGGGGAAGUCAUUGCAGCUGCGCUCCUGCUGUUGUAGGGAUGUUGUUUCCCUCAGAAGAGCUAGCAGUUGAGUGUUUAACUCCUACUGUCUACACACACUUCACGGGCAGCGUUAUUGCGGUGUAAGUGAUUGUUUGCCUAGCAAAGGGUUUCUGCUUUGGUAGAUUGUACAGUGGACGGCUUUAGUAGCUAGGCACGUGGAUGAUUUGGUGGGAGUAGGUGUAACCAUAGUGGAAUGGUAUGGUAUUUUUUAUGGAGGGAAUUCAUUGGAGAUUGGCAGAUUGACAUAUAUUGACAAGUGGGAUUUGAACAGCACGUACCCUCUGGUUUGCUCAAAUAACUGCAAUUUAAAUACACUUACUUAUAAAUUUUGUUUCCCUUACCUUCAGGAGAGUUUCUAGAGCUGUCAUGAAGGCCAUGCCUGACACAUUUAUAAAGCAGUGGUUUCAUCCCUGCCCCGAAUCAUCAGGAUCCUCAGAGCUUAAGGGAAGCAGUCUAAUGGGUAGGAAUAGCCCCUGCAGUGGAGGUGCUCAGGCCGUACUGAGUUCCACGAGCAAGUGGAUGUGAGCGCCUCAUGUAAACCAAGCCUAUCACUCACCAGACUGCUGUCCCUCUAACCCCGCCUCCAACCCCCACGGAAGUAGCCUGCUGGGUCUGUGGUGACUGGAGUGCCCCAGGUAUGCUUUAAAUUCAAGAUGGUAGCCUAAGGAAUUGGGAGAGGAGGGAGUCACAGAGGAAGGGCCAUUGGACGUCUUUUUCCUGGUUAAGAGAAAUACAUGCCCUAGAGCUGCUCCAGCAUCCUUGGUUUCUGAAUUUUUUUUUUUUAAAUAUUGAAUAUGGAUCUAGAAGAAUAAAAUCAGAUAACACUUAACUGCAAAAAUGUUUAUAAGCAAAUAGCUUAACCUUCUUAAAUUUUGGUAUAAAGCCGUGAACUUCAUAACUUUGUAAAACAAAUAAAAAGCAAAUACAAGAGGAAAAUAAAGUACUUUUACAGAUUGGCUAACUUUUUCUUAUCUUGUCCGCAUAUUUGUAGCCAACCCUUUCUCUUCCAUGCUGGUAUAGAGAGCAAGAAGGAAUUGGGUAGAAAACGCAGAUGGUUUUAGAUAAGCCAGAGUCCAUGGUCCAGACAAGCAUGGCAGACAGCUACAUUCAAGGAUUUUGUCCAAGGUCCUACAACAGGUCAGUUAUUGAGUGGAGGAGCUAGGAUUGAAAACUCGAUCUCUGCUCCAUCCCACUCAGGUAGCGGCCCCUCCAGUUGUAGGUAGCCCAUUCUUUUUCUGUACACCAGCAGCUGUCCCCCUUCCUCGCGUGUCUUGGAAAGUAUCUGAACAACUCCUAUGCUCAAUAAAUAGCCACAGGCACGAUUAAAGUAAGUUCUGGGGUUUCUCUGUUUUGUUUUUUGAGGGGGAGGGGUCUGUUUUUUCCAUUGUUCUGUUCUGAAAUUGUGAUAAAAUAGUGUAAGAUUGGAAGCCAUUCAGUCCUGCUGUGGCAGCUAUCUAAGUGUAAGAAGACAAAACACAAGGAAAAUAGCCAUACACAUGCCUUUAUUCAGACAGCACUUGUCAGAAUGUAGCCAGACUAUGCGUGGGACAACCCGAAGUAUCAGCCUUGUCCCGCUGAGCUGGUUUACCCUAGAGUGGGCCCGCCUGAAACAGGCAGAACCAGUGUCAGUUGGGUUCCUGUUCCAUGGGUGGGCUCACGUAAUGGUGACGGAGGGCUCAGCACAAGGAACCACCGAACCAGCCAGUUGCCAUCAAGGCCGUUCCAACUCGUGUUGACCCCAUGUGUUGCCGAGGACGGUGCUCCAUAGGGUUUUCAAUGGCUGUCAUUGUUCAGAAGUAGAUUGCCAGGCCUUUCUUCUGAGGCACCUCUGGAUGGAUUCGAACUGCCAGCCAAAUGAGGCUUAUACCACCCGGGGACUCUGCCAUCGGCAAAGGCCCUGCAGACAGCUCAGGAGGGGUCAAAACCUUUGCAUUUAGUUCAGAGCCAAGUCAUCUCAGAAUGGGAGCAAAUCUCGGAGGUGCUUGUCUCCCUGUGAUAAAGGAACAAAGUUCUCCCUACUGCAUUCCAUAACUAAAGGAUCAGGCUGAGCAUGAAAGAUAACAGAUGCUGGGAAGCCGCUUGAGGGAUUAAGUGGAAGAGGAACGAGAAAGAGGUGCCUGGAGGCCUGUUGGGGUACAGCUACCAGCUCCUUUGAGGUAAGUGGUUCUAGCAGUGUUGGCUAAAACUGAAAUCCUGAGUCAUCCUGAUGGCCUUGGAGAGGCCGUCCUGGUUCAGGCAUACAUGGUGAGCUGCAGCCACUGAAAGACGAAGCCCAGAGAUCAGAAUGGAAACAGAGGAAGAGACCCCAGCCUGAGGAUUUUACAGGGUGGGGGGAAGGGAACAGCCUCAGCAUGCCGGACACUGGGAGUGUUUUCCCAGAAGCAGAGAUUCCCUGCCUGGCCUCCCGAGCUCGUCUAGGGAGGCAGGUGUUUCCCAGCAUGAAGUCACCGUGGGAGCUGAGGCCCAUGGAGCCUUCCCCCAGUACGUGUGCCCUGUGAGCCAUAAUCCCGGCUCACUUCCUUUCUCUAGACUCCUUUCCCAUACCAUCCACCACCACCAUUUGGAAAGUGAGGAAAACACAGUGGGUCAGGCUGCUUUGCUGGCUCAUCUACCUUGAACGAAGGUGUGGGGGAGCUCGCUCCCUCUCUGUGCUUUACCUCUAGAACGUUGAGCUUGAUGAUACCAUCUCCAUCCUUGUCAAAUGCAUUGAAAGCUCCUGUGGGGAAGAAUGCAGAAGCUCGGGGCCAGUGAUGGGCUCACCCUGCUCCACUACUGUUACUACUUAGGAGGGUCACGCACUAAGUGCUGUCCUGCAGCACAAAUGUCUGCCCGCAGAGUGUCACCCAUAACCCUCACCGUGUCAUCUCAUUCUGAGCCUAACGAGGGCCUCUGCCUUUGAUCAGCCUGGGUGGAACAGACUGAAAGAUUAUGACCUACGCGCAGCUAUCCCUGCGGGAGGACAGGCUGGACGGCUGUGAGAGAGAAGGGCAGCCCCCACUUACUGAACAUGCCCUCCAGCCUGACGAAGCAGCAGAUGAAGCUAUCGAAGUCGAUGUUCAUGUGCCUGUCCGCGUAGCGCAUGGUGAUGAUGUCAUAGAGCUGGCAGUUGAGGUGGAACCCUGCGGAGGGGGCCUUGUUAGGAAGGGAGGCAGAGUUCAGGCCUGUGUUCUAUUUUCCCCCUGCCUCUUGGGGCCCUGUCCUCUUUCUCACUCCACUCAGGACUGGGAAAGGAAAACCAGAAGCCCUUUCUCCCCCCUUUCCUCAGAAGGGCCCUAGUAGCCUUGGCCCCCUCACUCCUCCCUCCAGCUCCCUUCUGCAGCCGGCCUUCUUCCCUGGCACCUGCAUCAUUGACUGCAUUUCGCAUCUCAUAGCUGUUGAUGGUGCCAGACUGGUCUGCAUCAUAGUGUUUGAAAAUUUUCUGGCAAUAGAAAAUUUGAGGACAGAGGUCAACACACGAAGCUCCAGAAUCAACUCCUUCAUUCCCACCUUUCCUUCCCUUCCCACCUGCCAGGACUUAAUCUUCUUCCAGAGGUGAUGAAACUCUUGCAGAUUCAGCCUCCCAGAGCCGUCUGUCUGGAGGGAGAGGUCAGGGCUACAGAGCAGAUAGCAAGCCCCCCUGGAUGGGAAAGUGGCCCUACAGGAAGGCCCUGUCCGGGUGUUCAGCCCUCACCUCCACCCCUCCUCAGUCAGUGCCUGUCUGUAACCCAGGGAGCGCGUCUCCUAAGAACCACCUUUGCUUGGCAGGACCUGAGGGUUAGGGCCCUGUUACAGCCGAUGUCUUUCCCAGCUCCUGUCCCCUCAGCCCCGUGUGGACCAGCACCAGGAUGUUGUAAGUCAGGACCUCCUUAAGUCUUUCCUUGGGCACAAAUUCAUGCCCCCCUGCUUGACUGGGCCCCCCCCUUGUUGGGCUGCACAGGGGCCAAUGACAGGGUUGGGAAGAGCUGGCAGGAAGGAUACGUCCAUGAGGGCGAUCAUGCUCCGGCAGGACUCCAGCGUGAACCCCUGUGUCUUCAGGUCCUUAUCUGGGGGUAUGGAGAGGGUUGAGGAGCUGCUUUCAGAUAAUGGCCCCAUGCCCAUCCCCACAUGCAGUCUGAGCCACUCACGUUUGUUCACAACUGUGUUAAGGACAUUCUUGAGCUCAUCUGCGCUGAUCUCCAUAUCCUGAGGAGGAAAGAAGGCAGAGUCCAGCAGCUGACGGAGCAGGGGCUUCAGAACAAAUCCCACUGUCCGUGUUCAUAAAAUCCCUGUCAGCGCUAUUCUGUCACGGGGAAGCUGGGCUUUUCUGAGGGGCCUGAUCCUGCACCCUCCCCUGUCCAGGCUGCAGUGGGCCCCUCAGGGCAAAAAGGCCUCUGACACGCCCAGUGGACGUGUCAAGGACUUGUGGAAUUUUUUUGCUACACGCAUGUAUCCCUGGAUCCACCAAAAGCCAGAAGUGACCUCUUCUGCAUAAGAAUGAAAUAAGCGGUCACUUGAGUGGUUAAUCAAGGUGCGAGGGAGGCACCUGUGAGCCUUGGGAGGGGGGUACUUACGUCGCCGGCUAUCUGCCUGAAGAUAUUCCGGAACUGCUGCAGUUCCUCACCUUCCUGGUCACUGUGGCUGGUGUAUGGCUGUGAACGGACAAGGGAAGACAGUCCACGGGGAGCAGGGAGGUAGGCAGGCCCAUGAAGAACGUUCCUUCUGGGCUGAUGGAGCCGGGGUACCUACAACAGCCCUGGGUGGCCGCAGAGACUGGGGUGCAGGGGCAGACGCUUCUCCUCCAUAGUCAGGCCUGGUGAGCUGGAGUGAGAAUCACCUCCGCCCCAACAACUCCUCACUCCAUGCCUCUCCAGGCCCAGGCACCCCAACCAAAGGGGAUGUAUGAGACAUGCAGACACAUGGACAGCCCUAUUUAGGCACCCCCGCUCCACCCCCCGGUUAGAGCCCUUCCACUGUUUUGAGCCUGACCAUCCCAACCAAGCAUGCCCAGCAGGUCAAAAGUCAUCAGGCCAUUCUGAUUCCUCCAGCCUCUGUCAUCAAGGACAAGUCCUCAGAGGACACCCUUCCCCACUCCAUUGCAUGGUCAUUUAGGAUAGAGGAGGUGACCCUGGAUUUGCCUGGGACUUUCGCCCCUUAACCGCGCUCCCACUUGUUUUAUACCACCAUCUCUUCCCACUCCAAUCCAACACCCUCCCCUGAGCUCUGGAGGACCACAUUUCUGCUACCAUUCUUUAUCCCCCAUGUCAUGAGGACACCAUGAGACAGGAGUUGUUCAGGGUCAAGCUGAUUCUGUCUCAGGCUCUGCCUCUUCCUGUCAUUGUCCUGGCUGAUAAGUACCAGUGGGAAGGCUCAGCUUGUCAUUCCUAGGCUUGGUGUAGCAGCGAACCCCCAAGACAUUCACCCAAGCAGCAUCCCAAAUUUUAGGGCAACUUGCUUGCUGAAAAAAAAGGUCAGUGGACCAAAACCAUACCUCUAGAUGUUAAAGAGACAUCCUACCUCUGGGACCCCCAACCCCAUGCACCCCAAGAGCAUAGGAGGACCCCUUUUGCAUGCUAGUCCCAUUCUUGCUGUAUGCUCCAGAAACCUGUGGGGAUUUCUCUGGCUUAUCAGGGCUUGUUCUGUCUUUGCCCUCUGAUUCGUGGUCCACAUCCAGCUCCUUGUUGCUGUUUGCUCUGUCCGAAACGAAGAUGAUUGGCUGAAGACGAGGAAAGUGGGGAAAGGGUAAGAAAGAAGCAAGGAUUAUAGGCUAAGGGGCACACUAAGGCAGCUUCCCUCCUGGAGCAGCUCUGGGUUAUGAACAGAGGAAAGGAGCAGAGUCAGGAGCUCUUGAACCUCAGUUCAAGUUCCAUCUCGGCCAUGAAGAAGCUGUGUGACUUGGGGAAAGAUGCUGUCUUUCUGGACCCAGUUCCUCAUCUCUUAGUGCCCGCCCUGCUUCUCCAUAUGGUGCAGUUAUGAGGGUUAAGUAAGGUAGUAGAUGUGAAACGGUAGGAGUGUGGAAAGCAGCAUGAUCUGGGGCAGUGGUUUUCGCAGGUUUUGUCGACUUUGGAAACACUGUUGGAAUUAGACUUCUCAGGAGUCCCGUGCAUAGAAAGCCAUUAAAGCAGAGCCUCUCUGGUUGGUGGGGAGGGCAGAGUCCUUUCCCACUGGCACCCCCACAUCACCAUGGCAGCUACUGAGACACCUCCAAGGGCCUCUAGGACUCUGCUGAGUACAGUUUGGGAAAAAGAUUAGCGAAAUGGUCAGUGGGUGAGAGGUUUCAGAACACAAGG